AUGAAGCCCCACUUUGUGGUGAUUGCAGCUGUAGCUAAGGAGGGUACCCGUCAGCGCCAGCUCACUGCUUGCCUAUGUAAUCAAUCUAUAUUUCCAACCUUUUUUGUUUAUGCUCUCAUGGAGAUUCACGAUGUAGUGGUCGCACUUCAAAACACUGCAACCACAACAUCUCAGUUCCUAGAGGAAAAAGGCAUGUACUCAGAUGAUGAAGUGCCUGAUCCAUUCUAUAGGGGCAUUCUGAUGAAGAUUCGGCUGAUGAUUGUCAUCAAGACAUGGACGACGACUACGGUCACUAUGUCCGAUCCCCAUGAGCAUCAUAUUCAGCCUGCUAAGCUGUCUGAUGCCAUGUGA